AUGCCCCCUUCCACUCUUUACCUUCUCCUUCUUACUUUAAUAACUGCUUCUCGUCUCUUUCUCGUCUGUUUCUAUCUUAUUGAUCAAGCUGUGGCCCUGGCUCACAGGCCCGCCACGGUCAUGUUUCAGCGUAUCCGCGACGCGAUCGACUCCCGCAUCGCAGAGGAGCAAGCCCGGCAGAAGUCUGCUCAGGACUCCCUCGCCCGCUCCAACUCCGCUCGUCGUCCCACUCGCAAUGUAUCCCCGAGCAGACGAACUACCCGCCCCCGACGGAACACCGGCACCCCCGUCCGUGGACCGGAUCCCAACGAAUUCGAGCCCGAGUUCGCCAUUGGAGAGGAUGAAGGCUCGAGCAGAUCAGCCACCCCCCGCUUGGAGACCGCAGGCUCAGAGGAAAAUGCUGAGGAGAGCAAACCACCGGCGGAGGAGUCGUCCGCCGGCAAGGAGAAUACAAAUGCCCCAGAGACAAACCAAUCUUCUUCGGAGCUGCCGCCUGAGGUCAGGGUAAAGCUGCGGAGAUUGGGCAAGCUGGAAUCUCGGUAUCAGGAGCUCUUGAAAGCUUAUCGGAUGGCCCACUCGCGUGUCCUAUCUAUCGAACCUUUCGAAGCGGCUUUGCGUGAGAACACCCCGUUGGCUUCUAUUAGCGAUCCGAAGGCGUUGACAGAAUACCUCAACCAAAUCUCAUUAAAAAGCGACAUGGUUCUGGAGGAGCUGAAGCGGGUGUCCACAGAGAGAGAUGACUACAAGAAGAAAAUGGAGGAAGCUCAGAAGGCCACAAAAGCAGCAUACGAUGAGGUCACUAAUCUGAAGGAGAAUAAAAAGGAAGAGGAUGCCUCGACAAUAAGCGAUAAAACGAUCGUUGAUAGCUCUACCUUGAAUGAUAAAUCUUCCACCACUUCGAAGCAGGAUUCUGCCAAGGAGGAAAGCGAAGAGUUUUUCUCUUUUGAUAACGAGAUCCCACGCCUGGAGACCGAGUUGAAAGAAAAACAGGAAGAGAUCGAAACGCUCAAGUCUCAGGCAGACAACCUCAAACGGGACCUCUCGGUGGCAAGGGAGUCAACAGAGGGGAUGGUGCACAAUUUGGAGACCGCGACCCGAGAGCUGGUGGAGCUGCGUGAUAUCAAGGAUAAACAGGAUUCGGAGAUUGAGAAGCUCAAGGCUUCGAAGCAGGAAGAGAUCGAGGCGCUCACGGCGAAGCUGGCAACGUCCGAGACCACCAUCGAGAACGCUCAAAAUGAGGUUGAAAAACUGAAGGUGGAGCUGAAGCAGAAAACAGAUGAAAUUGAGCAGCUUCAGUCGCAACCUGUGAAGCCCGAGGAUGCUGAGGAGCAGGCGGAACUUUCAGCAAAACUAGACAAAGCCAAACAAGAAAAGGAAGCCAAUGAGAAGCGGCUCGGUGUUCUCCAGAACCUUGUGGAUAACCUUCGUUCCCAGCUCAAGGAUAUGGAAGACACGAUGACAAGCCUCAAGGCGGAUAUGAGCCGAAAGGAGGAGCUGCAGAAUAUUGUUGAUUUCCUUGACAACAACCUGAAAGACAACACGGCAUGGAAGCAAGCCAAGGAACAAGUUGCGGGUGGAAAGCAAGCCAGUUUCGAGGAGCUCCGGGACAGUCUGGCGCCUGCGAAGAACGGUACCGAGGUGAAGAAUGAGACACCCGAACCCAAACCCCAACCGACCAACUCCACCGGUGCCACGGGAGCUUCUAAAAAGAAGAACAAGAAGAAGAAGAAAGGUGGCAAGAGUGGCGGUGAUGACACGAGCAAAACUGCAAGUGCUCCAGCUGCCGAAGAGACGCAGACACCGGUAGCCGAGCCAGACCAGAAAUCGUCGAACACGAAUGAGCUCGAGCAGAAAAUCGAAUCUUUGACGCGCCAAGUGGAAGAAAAAGACGCAGCCAUCGAUCGCCUCAGCUCGAAGCUCAAAGGGGAGGAGGGCCUGAAAGAGGAGAUAGAAUCUCUUCGGGAUGACUUGCUUAAUCUUGGACAAGAUCACGUCGAGUCAAAAGAUAAACUCAAAGUGUUGACUGCCGAAAAGAAAGCUCUGGAAGAGACAAUCGUCAAACUGGAGAAAGAGCUGGUUGACUUGCGCACGAGCACUGCGACUAAGGAUGCCGACUCUGAAAAGGUGCACAAUGGACUGAAGGAAGAAUAUGAAAACCUCAAGGUCAAACUUACUACCCUAGAAACCGAGCUAUCUGCUGCCCAACAGUUAGCUUCUACCCGAUUCAAGGACCUUACCGACUUGCGAGAGACCCUCCAGAAGCUGCAGCCUGAGCUGAAGAAACUGCGAGCUGAAUCUACUGAGCUCAAGUCAACCAAAGAGACUUUGACUACUAAGACCGCCGAAUUGAGGACUCUUGAGGGCAAGCAAGAGGAUUUGCGUGCUGAGUUGAAGAGCCUCAAGACGACGAUAUCGGAACGAGAGUCAGAAGUGAAGACGCUCAACCAGAAGAUCAGACAAGAAACGGACAAUCGUUUGAAGGCUGAAGAGAGACUGACCGUCGCUCAAUCAGAUCUACGCUACUCGGAGAGCAAGAAGCAAGAAGCUCUGGAAGCGAAGGAGCGGAUUUCCAACGACCUGUCUAAGGCCCAGGAAGACUUGAAGGCCACCCGGACUCAGCUACGCGAAGCUCAGAACCAAGUUACGCAGGUGAACAAGGACCUUGAGGGUCUGCGGGAGGAAAUCCAGUUGAAGACCGCUCAGCACGCUAGCGCGCAGAGUCUGAUGAAUAGCAUGCGCGACCAGGGCGCCGAGAUCGGAAUGCAGAUGAAAGAGGCGCGCGAACGCUGCGAGAGUCUGGAAGAGGAACUGGCGGAUGCUCAUCGGUUGCUGACGGAAAGGACCCGUGAGGGAGAAACUAUGCGGCGGCUCUUGAAUGACAUCGAAGGCCGCACCGAAUCUAAAGUUCGCGAUUUCAAGGAGCGGAUGGAGGCAGCCAUUGAGGAGAGAGACCGUGCUGAAGAUGAGGCUAGUGCUCAGGGCCGCCGUCGGGCGCGGGAGCUGGAGGAGCUGAAGAACAAGGUCCGAGACGCCGAAAAGGCACUGCGCAGCGCCGAGGAGGACAAAGAGGAGCUCGAGAUGUCGCAGAAGGAUUGGAAGCGCAGACGGGACCAACUGGAGGAGCAGGCCGAGCGGUCGACGCAGGAACUCAAUGAUGUGCGACAGGCAAUGGCACGUUUGCGCGAUUCGCUGGAUGAAAGUGAGAAACAAGUCCGAGACCUAGAGAAAGAAAAGGCAGAACUCCGUCGGUCGGUUGAAGAAACCAGCGCGCGACUGGACAAGUUGCGCCGGUCCAACAAGGCUCUAUCGGAAGAGGCUCGUUUGGGCCGCAGCCCAUCCGUUCAGGGGAGCGACACGCCCACAGGAGGAGCAAAUGCGCCUAUUGAUUAUAUUUAUUUGAAGAACGUUCUCCUCCAGUUCUUGGAACAGAAAGACAAAAGUUACCAGAAGCAGCUCAUCCCAGUUUUGGGCAUGCUGCUUCAUUUUGAUCGGACGGACGAACAAAAGUGGAUGUCAGCCAUCAUGUCUCGAUAG